AUGCUCGUCGAAGGUCAAAGGUUUCUCCAUGAGGAUUUGGAGCGGCUCGAGCAAGGCAUCACAGACAGAAUCGCAGAAGAUCCACGAAAUAUCAAAGACAGAUUGAAUCGCGAUCACCAAAUAAACGGAUUCCUCAAUCGGAUACAGGAGCAAUCAAAAAGACUCUUGGAUAUCUACAAAGAUGCGGACGGAUCUCGGCUAAAGGAAAUCCAAGGACUUUCAACCGGGGAUCCCCUUGAGGAGUUUUACAAGCAAUUGGAAGAAGUGAAAGACUUCCACCGACGAUAUCCUAACGAAAAUGUCGAGAACCUUGAGCGGGCGUACAAACGCAGGCGGCCGGAUGAGGGAGAACCAGUCGUUUCAGAGAUUGACAAUAUGUUCACUGGAGAAGAGUCGAAUGGGAGAUUUCUUGACCUAAUACCACUACACGAAGCCUACCUCAAUCUACCGAAUGUGAAGCGUCUCUCCUAUCUCCAGUACCUAGACAAUUUCGACGCCUUUGAGCCUCCUCGCUUGCCUAUCAAGAGACAGAACAAAAUUACCGAUUCAUAUCUUAAAUACGUGGCAGACCUUGCAAGCUAUCUUGAAGGCUUUGUACGGAGAACGAGGCCGUUGGACGACCUACCAAAGGUUUUCCUCCGGUUAGACAGAGAAUUUGAGAGUGCAUGGGAGGCUGGCACGGUCCCAGGGUGGGCGAAAGAGGAGUCGGCGAGCGCAGCAUCAGGCGGGCCUCAGACGGAAGGCACGGGAUCAGGAAUAUGGUGUCCAGAAUGUGAAAAAGAAUUCGGCAACCCCAAUGUCUACAAAGCGCAUCUCACAGGCAAGAAACAUCUUCGCAAUGCGGAAAACAAGAAAGGCGCAAGCAAUGGCACUGCCAAACCAUUGUCCACCUCGCUCUCGGGCGCAGCCUUGAAGGAACGGGUGAUUGCAUCCCACGAAUCACGCAUCCGGGCCUUGGCAGACUUGCUCUCGAAUGAGCGCAGCAACACACGAGUCAAUGUGGAGCGCAAGCAAGGAAUGACAGAGCGCGAACGACAAGCUGAGCUGGAUGCGCUCUUCGCCGAAGACGACGCUGCAGUCGCAGCGUCAGAACGCCGCGGCGACCGCGGCGAUGACUCAGGCUCGGACAGCGACGGCGAAGAGAAAAUCUAUAACCCACUCAAACUACCUCUGGCAUGGGACGGCAAACCAAUUCCCUAUUGGUUGUACAAGCUGCACGGCCUUGGAGUGGAGUUUUCGUGCGAAAUCUGCGGCAACUUUGUGUACAUGGGCCGACGUGCGUUCGACAAGCACUUCAGUGAAGCAAGGCACAUUUACGGCCUGAAGUGUCUGGGCAUCACGGGCUCGGGGACGGGCGGGCUCACAUUGUUCCGCGAGAUCACUGGAAUCCAGGACGCUUUGAACCUGUGGGGCAAGAUCAGGCAGGAAAAGCGCGAGAAGGACACCAAGGAGGACAGUGUCGUGCAGAUGGAGGACGGCGAGGGUAACGUCAUGCCGGAGCGGAUAUACCUGGAUUUACAGAAGCAGGGUAUCUUGUAA